CUUUGGCCGCUGGGCGAGUCUUCAUGCAAACCGUAACGAGGACUGGGUAUAAAUUGAACUGGAAUACUUUCACUGCAGCUAAGUCAGCUUUAGGUUUGGUCAGCGGACGACUGUGCGAUAGCCAACUGGAGGAACUGCGGGACAGAGACAAGCAGGACGAGUAAAAUAGAGCAAAGGAGAAGACAAGAGACGCGUGGGCUUUCACCAUGGGUCUCCGCACGCACCUUUCCACGGUGCUGCUGGUGUUAGUGGCUGCCCAGUUUGGCAGAGAAGUGCAUGGCAAAAGUGUUGGUGCACCGUACGGGUCAUGUGACACCAUGGUACCGCAGCAUCGCAAUGCAAGAGGCAUCAUCCAAUCUCAGGACCCCAAAGGAGAGCAUGGCUACAGGAUCGAGCAUGAUAUAUGCGAAGGAUACCAGGCAAACAGACAAUACAAAAUCACAAUCCGAGGACCGCCGUUCAAGGGGUUCUUUUGCCGUGUUCAAGAUAAGGGCACGUUUCGCUUGGCCAAUGCUCGUGGCCACUGGGACUCUCGCUAUUUACCCUAUUACACGCGACUCAGCAGCUGCAAUAGACCAUCGACUGGUGUUACGCACUCCAAGCUUCCAGGAAUGUUCUCCGAUGUCUCAUUCAGAUGGAGUGCACCGGGCAGUGACAAGGGGAAACUGCAAAUCACGUGUACCAUUGCGCAAACGUUUGAAAGGUUCUUCGUAGGCAUUCGCAGUGAUGACCUCUGCUUCAACUCCGCUGCCCGUCCUGCCCAGUGCAGCAUGGCUAGUUCACAUCCCGAAGGAUCAGGAUGCUCUGCGGACUCUACGUGCUCGCAGACGUGUCCCGCUGGACCGCAGGGACCUAAGGGUAGUGUAGGGCUACGUGGUCCGCAAGGCAUAGCUGGCUCACGUGGUUCACCCGGUGUACCAGGAGCGCAGGGUAUCCGUGGUAUCCGGGGUCCUGGCGGCAGCACUGGUCCAGCUGGAGUGGGUCGGCCUGGUCGCCGGGGUGAGCGUGGCUCUACUGGCCCACGUGGUAUCAAGGGUGAAGUCGGGCAGAGAGGAGACUCGGGCAGAAAAGGUGCAUCCGGAACACCUGGUUUCAAUGGACGUCCAGGUCCACAAGGCCCCCCUGGUCCUCCCGGUGCUCCUGGAGUGGGUGGGUCAUCCUUGAUACAACCUCAAGUUCAGCGACUCAGGGAGACGAGCAGCCGCCCAGGCCCGCCAGGUCCCCCAGGCAUCAAGGGUCAAAGUGGACGUCAAGGCCGCCCAGGACCACAGGGCCCGCCAGGUCCCGCCGGGCCAACGGGGAUCCGUGGCCUAUCCGGGUUCUCUGGUAUUGAUGGUGCUGCAGGUCCUGUUGGAUCCAAGGGUGAUCAAGGCCAGAAGGGUGAAAGGGGUCGUCGGGGACCUCCAGGCACUGUUUCAGUGGGUUCGGCCUCGGCCGACGCUGAGGAGAUGACAGCAAUGAAGACGGAGCUAGCCACACUGGAGUCAACUGUGGCUGCUUUGAAGGCAGAAUUGAACUCGAGAGUGCCGUUCACGCGCUCCCCUCUCUAUGUCAUGCUGCUGUCGCGUAUGUCUCAGAUCUACAACGAGCUAUUCCAAGUCAAGCGCACUAUGAGCACUGUUCAGCGGCAAAUGAACGAUCAGACCCCUCAGUAGAGCAAACCCCUCAGUAGAGCAAACCCCUCAGUAGAGCAGACCCCUCAGUAGAGCAAACCCCUCAGUAGAGCAGACCCGUCAGUAGAGCAGACCCGUCAGUAGAGCAGACCCCUCAGUAGAGCAAACCCCUCAGUAGAGCAAACCCCUCAGUAGAGCAGACCCGUCAGUAGAGUAGUUACUGAGUAUGCCAACUGCUCUGCACAAGUACAAGGGCCUGCUUCUGAGCUUGUGGCCAGGGAGAACCAAAAACAGUUUUUUAGUACACCCUGGCUUUUUAGUACUCCCUGCUCGCAACCAUGUGGUUGUGCACUUAACUUUGCCAUCAGCCCAACCAUCACUCGAUCAGAGUAUUGUUACUGUACUUCAUCAAAGUAUUUCAUGCUAUGUGGACAUACUGCCUCCUGUUGGCAAGGCUCCCAAGAUGUAAACACUUCAUUACACUUUUAUAAGCUCUGAUUUUAUCACCCCACCGGUGUGCCUGUGCUAUAUCUGAUGUCCAAUAUGUUAUCACUGAUACACUUGAGUAUAACUGUCCAUAGCCAUCAUUAAAACACCGUCAACGCAAACAUUUAAUCUCCUUUG